CAUUCAUACACAAAAUCAUGGAACAUUGUUGUACUCUGCAUGAGCUUCCACACAUCAACAACCAAAUUCAACAAGAAUGUCUCGGCACUCCUCCCAGCCCACGCCCCCAAUAAACCCCGUGUCACGCUUCCAGAACGCCCUUACCUCGCCGCCUCCCUUCUUCAGCCCCGCAAAACCCACACUCCACACUGCCCGACUCCGCAACAUCAAACACCGCCAACAUGCACUUUACCUUCGCCGCCGUUCUCGGUCUCUGCAGCGCCACCGCGCUGGCCGCGCACACUCUCGACACCCGUGCGGAUCGCAAAACGAAUCUCUACGUCUGCACAGAGAAGGCGUGGGCUGGCACGUGCAAGAAUGUCGAGCUGACAAUCGGGAAGUGCUAUAAUAUGGGGAAGGCGUUUGACAAGAAUGUGUCGAGUGCGGGGCCGGAUGACGGGACGUUUUGCACGCUGUAUUCAGAGCAGGGCUGUCGUGGGAAGGCGAUCCCAUUUACGAACCCGGGGAUUGGCAACUUCGACAAGUAUCAGUUUGAUAAUGAGUUGAGUAGUGUGCGGUGCGAUCUCAUUUGGGGCUGGCCGAAGAAGAGUGGGUGAGCGAUGUGCUGAUUUAUCUUGGGGGCGUGAGAUUUGUUUUGUCAAUGUCGGAAUCACGCAGGAG